GUCGAGCCAUCUAAAAAUUGGACGCCAAAUAUGCUUUGAAAAUCCCCAAUUUCUCUCCCUCUCUGUUAAACCCUCAUUUCUUCCUGAAAUUUGUAAGUCUUUCCGAUCGAAAACCCUUAAAAAAUUUAUUCAGUUCCAGCGAUGGUUGAAAUCAACGAAAAUGAGACAAUUAAAGAAGAAGAAGUGGAAGAAGAAAAGACCUGGGAAGAACUUGGUUUAGACCCUCGUCUAAUAAUAAGUGCCUUGAACAAGGAUGGUAUCGAUAACCCAACUCGGAUCCAAAUUUCAGGAAUCCCAUUGAUUCUGGAAGGUAAAGAUGUUGUUGCUCAAGCCAAAACUGGGUCUGGGAAAACCUAUACUUAUCUUCUACCUUUGCUCCAGAAGCUAUUUUCUGAUACCGGAGCUAGUAAAAAGACUGCUCCAAGUGCUAUGAUUUUGGUUCCUACUCGUGAACUAUGUCAACAGGUUUACGAAGAGGUGUUGUCUAUGAUUACCGCUUGUAAAGUACAAUUGAAAGUUGUUCAAGUGACCAGCAGUAUGGCGGGUAAAAACUUGCGAGCAGCGUUGACAGGGCCGCCGGACAUCUUGGUUUCAACCCCAGGUUGCAUCUCGACGUGCUUUUCAUCUGAUGCCCUCAAAAAAAACUCAAUGCGGGAAUCCCUUCAGCUUCUAGUACUCGAUGAGGCAGACCUUCUUUUAUCAUAUGGUUACGAAGAUGACAUAAAAGCUCUAACUCCUCAUAUUCCUCGCUAUUGUCAAUGCCUUAUCAUGUCUACCACCUCAAGUGCUGAUGUUGAGAAGCUGAAAAAGCUUGUGCUGCACAGUCCAGUUAUCUCGACUCUUUACGAAGUUGGAGAUGUCAAGGAUGAGAUGAUCCCAAAAAACGUUCAACAGUUCUGGAUUUCAUGCAGUACUCGUGAUAAGCAACUCUAUAUGCUGUCACUCUUGAAAUUGGAACUUGUUCAGAAAAAGGUUCUUAUUUUCGUAAAUACUAGUAACAUGGGUUUCAGACUGAAGCUCUUUCUAGAACAGUUUGGAAUCAAAGCAGCGGUUUUAAAUGCUGAGCUGUCGCACGAUACGCGGCUGCACAUGCUUGAGCGACCGGCCAGUGAACAGUGUUGCGUACAUUCUUUGAUUUUCUCAAAGGAGUUCAAUGCGGGAUUGUUUGAUUACGUAAUUGCAACCGAUGACAGCCAGAUGAAAAAGAAGGAGAAAGCCAAUGAUGAUAAUCAGGUCACAGCCAAAAAAUCUAUCAGGCAUUUGGAUUCUGAGUUUGGAGUUGUAAGAGGAAUUGAUUUAAAAAAUGUGUACACGGUUAUAAAUUUUGAAAUGCCUCUUAAUGCUGCUGGAUAUGUCCAUAGAAUUGGACGUACUGGGAGAGCACGCAAUACUGGUGCAUCUGUUUCUCUUGUUUCCGAAGAUGAGAUGAAGGUUUUUGAAGAGAUCAAAACCACAUUAGGGGAAGAAGAAAACGAGAACAAAGGUCUCUCAAAUUUCAUUGCUCCUUUUCCUUCGCUCCAUCAACAUGAGGUGGAAUCCUUAAGAUUUAGAGCUGAGGAAGCACUUGAACAAUUAGAAGCUAACUUGGUUAGAAUGGUUAGAGGAACUACAUGUACUGGGGUGACAAACAGCGGAGAAUUAAUAAUGGCGGCAGAUGGAUAUGGAUUUAUAAAGAAAACUUUUAAAAUGCUCGAUGGUAAAAAUAGACACGUACAGAUUGGUAAGAUGAUGAAUCAACUUAUUUUUGCGUGGACGAAGAUAAUCCAGUUUAUGAUUAUUAUAGUGGUCUUUAUAAUACCAUAAAUAGUGAAUAUCCAAUAACCGUAACUGAAUUUCAGAGUAUAAGUGCGAGUUGGGAGGAAAGGGAGUAUUUUGUUGUUGCUGAUGACAGUUGUCAAAAAGUGUUCGUCUUGGAGUUGCCUUGUCCAAUUAUCUUGACGAUAUGUGGAUUUAUUUAUAUAUGCCGAGAUCUUAUUAAGGCAUUAAAGGAUUGGGGUGUGAAAUUGGUAAAAAAGGGUAUCACGGUGACACUAGAUGGUUGUGUUGAGGAAAGUCAUAAUUUCCUUAAAAACUUCAAACCUCAAAGUUCAGAUCACGAAGGUAGACAUUUGGAGGAAAUCCCUUGUACCUUAUUGAUUGGGGGAUUCAAGGAAAUAAGUAAGGAUAAUGGACAAGUACCUAAAAUUUACAAGGUUGACAAGAAAAGUAUUGAACCUGUGGUGGAGCGAUAUGUGUGCAUUGGACAAGGCAGUUCCCUAGCAAACAGGAUUUUUAAGAAGAAGUUUAAAGAUGAUAGUGAUAUUGCCAAAAAUGAUGUUGUAAAGCAUGUAUUUGAGGGUACGCAAGCUGCAUCCUUAUUUAGGAUGAGUGGUGGAACAAUUCAAAUUGUCUCUCUCACGAAAGACGGUGUCGUUACUGAAUUGCACGAGAAAAUUGGUCUAUGAAAAAUGGGUUUCUGACUCCAGAUAGGUUUCACAUGAAGCUGCAUCAAGGCGGCCAGCUUGGGUAUUGUACCUCUAAUUCAGCUUCAAAUUAUACAACUAUGUGUGUAAGUUGAGUACCUGAAGGGAAAAGUUUUCGUUGGAGUUGCGGCUACAAAGUUUUCACGGACUUGUUAUACCAAGAAGGGUGGUCAUUGCAAAAUGAUGUAUUGAAAAGAGCGGUGCUGCACAAUUGAAGCUCCACCAUGUGGAACUGACUUCACACGGUUGUAGUGACAGCUGGGAUGGUUCUCACAGAUGAUGGUGUACUAUUUUAUUGAGUGUCACCUGAUCAUGAUCUUUCAUGUUUUAUGUGCACAAAGAAUAUGGUGAGCGGUUCAGCAGGGAAAUACUGAGCCGCUGCAGUUGCAACUGCAGGCUAAUAUUUGUACGUGGGAUGCAAGAAAGUAAGACCUAACCCUAGUUUCAGGGAGUGACGACUGAUGCGUGCUAUCUCAGUUUCAGUUGAGGAAACAUAUCUGUUGAUAGUUUCUGCUCUUUACCAUCCAUUUACCCACCUAAGUCAGGGGAGAAUCCUUCGAAGCCCAGGGUAAAGUCUGAAUACUUCGACAAAGAUAGCGUAUUUAGCAGUUUUUAAACUGAUAAAGUAGAUAUGCUGAUGCAGGUUUGAAAAGACUAAGUUAGGGGUGGUUCCAAGUUUGAAAAGGCUAUGUUAAGAAGUGGCAGCUGAUGCCCUGGUGGAACCAAAAAUGUCAGUACUACUAAUUGAAAUUGCAGAUUCUCUUGAAGCGGAAGAUUUGAGGAAGUAUUGUGAGGAUAUGGUUAUUUGAAACCUGGAUUACAUUUUUACUGUUUCAGCUCAGUCUGCUGCAAAUGCUUCACCUGAUAGUCUAGCUAAUCUAGAAAAUUUACUGGAAAUGAAGUCAUCUGAACCGUGGAGUUGCCGUGGGCUUCCCAACUCCUACAGCAACAUUUCUAGGAAGGAUGGGAUAGCAUAUCCAAGUGUUCGUGACAGUCGAGCAAAUCCGUCUUAAGGAUCUAUGGAGACAAGAAAAUGGAAUGUUUUCUACAACCCAAUGAUUCUGCUGUUCAAGCGAUUGGCAAACAAGUCAGAUCUUUGUGGCAGAAGUUGCAGUGAAUUGACAUGCUCGAAUCCAAGCAUACUAAUGGUUGUCAAUUCGACGAUCAGCAGGUUGGCAUAGUUCAAACUAGAUUUGCUCUUGACAGGUCACAUACAGAGCUUGGCGUUCUAGUUGAGAUAGAUGGAAAAUGUCCCGGGAAAGGUAGUGACAGAAUUUGGCAUCUAAAAGCUGUGGAAAAAGAGCAAACAAGAGGCAACACAUCCAGUAAAGGGGUUCUUGGAGAUUGAUACCACACAAGUCUCUGAACGAAAGGUGGGGCGCGAGAUGUUUGAAGAAUCUGGUAGCCGCCAAAUUCUGAAAGAAUCAUCAUUCUGUAGUCCAAAGAAAAGCAUACCUGACACAAAGAAAAGGACACUAUCAUCAGCUGGUCCAAAGGUGGUCUAUCCAUGCUCUUAAGUGAUGCUCUUGAUGAUGCACCGGCAGAUGCUGCUCCACAGCCACCACCCAAGAGUGAAGGCCCAGCAUUGGAUGGAGUUAAGAUAUCUUCAAGAUCAGCCUCUCUUUGUGAUAUUCAGACCGAGCAGAGCAAGAUAUUGGAGGGUCAAGGAAGUUGAUGGAUUAGUGCUAAGGGAAAGAGUGGCAGGUCGAUACAGCUGGGUUCAAUUUUGCUUGUAUCCAGCCCAAUUCCAAGUCGUCUAAUCACAAUUCCACCAACUGCAGAGAAAGAAGGAAUUUCUGGUAUCUGUUUUUUCUUUACUUUGAAACUUCUUUCUCUUAGGUAUGUAAAUUUGACUGUACAGAUGAUUUCACUGUACAUGUAUCCAUGAAAAUCUGUGGGUUUGGACUUUCGCCUUGCCUUUCUUACUUUUCAAUGUAGCUUUUGUUAAGUGAGAAUGUUGGUUUCAUUUAUUUGUUGAUCAGAAGAAAAGAGAAAGAUAGUAACAUAAGUAUCAAA